GUCCCAUACGGUCACACACCCACUCCAUCACCUCGUUUCGUUUUAAAAAAAAACCAUUCAAAAUGAGUAAAUACGACUCAAAGUACCUGGAGGAGAAGCUCAAAAGGGAACUGCAGACGGAGUACGUGAGUGUUACGGACGAAUCAGACGGCUGUGGCGGCAAAUUCAGUGCCGUAAUCGUAUCGCCAGCCUUCAGCGGCAAGACUCUUCUCCAGAAGCAUAGAUUAGUCAACUCAACGCUGGCCGAAGAACUGAAAGAAAUCCAUGCAUUCUCCCAGAAAUCCUACACACCCGAAGAGUGGGAGAAAGUGAAAGCCCAAUAGUAGUACCAAA